AUGUCGGUCACCGAGUAUGUUAUACGCCUGACUAUUGUCUCGGCUCACGACCUACCGAAGACGGACCGUCUGUCGGAGAUUGAUCCUUAUAUUGUUAUUAACGUAAAUGGACAACAGUUCAAAACUGCUGUCAAGGAUAAUGACGAGAACCCGGUCUGGAACGAGACCUUCUAUCCACGGGUCCAAAGAGCCCCCGAAGGGUUGCUCAUGGGUACUUUGGAGCUGCAUCUAUACGAUGAAGACACGUUUUCCGAUUCUUAUGUCGCAAAGUACGGGUUCGACUUGGCGUCCUUGACUCCUGCCCACUUUAAUGAUCCCUUGACCUUCAAACUGGAGUACGUCAAGGACAAGUACAAAUCUCAAGGGAAGAACCCCACCAUCACCAUCAAGUUCGAGGGCCUGGUGCAAAGUUUCGCCUCGCUUCGCGCGAUGUUCUCCGCAAUGCCAGGUUUUCUGGCGAACGACCAGGAGCACGCCUGCUACAUUCCCAUUCAGGAAUCAGGCGGCCUGGUCUAUGUUGGCAUUGAGUAUGAGCGCUCUGGGAGGAUCGAUAUAAAGCUUUACGUGACACACGCCGGCGUGCGGCUGUUUCUGGAUAUGGUCGUUCUCUCCGGUAGACAGUACACGAAGGUCCGUCGGCGGCUGUACCGCGACGGCCGUGCCAUCUGCCCGGGCCUGAUAGCCUACGAGGAGCUCAAGCUGGACGAUGUGCCCAUCAACAUCGACUUCAACCAGCUGGGAGUGGUGGUGUUUGACGCCCAGCCGCUGUCCUCCACCAACGCCAAUGCGGUGGUCAGUGCACAUGGCUGGAAGGGAGCGCUGGACUUCUCGCAGGCUAGCAGGACGUUACGAGAUGUGGAGUUGGAUCACCACAAGCAGGAAAUCUACAUGGCCGUGGACCCCAACGAGACCAUGUUGCUGGUUGACUACGACAAGGACGACGCGGACAUCAAGCUAGCGGUGCUGGCCAACCCCGCCACGGCGGACAGGGGCUACGACCUCACCAUCCGGGGACAGAACGUCAACAAGAUGUCGGAGCUGUACGUGCCACCAGUGCCCAAAUUGGGGGGCCGAUUCCACGUAUCACGACUGUACGAGCUGGACGACUUACAGUACGGCACACGGUUCGAGGACAUUGAGAUCCACCGGUAUCAGCUCUCCAAUCCCAGGCAGUACACCAUUCAGGGCCUUACGCGCAUCAUGGGAUGA